AUGUCUAAGAAUUAUAUUUGCUUCGUGUGCGGAAACAAAAAUGAAGCACGAUUUGCGACACGCACAUCCCAAAGCCCAGUCCAAAACGCAGUCUUUCUUGCGGCGCUAAGAUUGGACACAACACUCGCAGAGGAAACGCUGAAGAUUUACUUCGCAACCUUCAAAAAGUCUCAGAAAUUCAUUUGCACGGGUCACUUUAUAAAUGCCGCACAAUAUCUGAUAGAUGAAAUAGUGGCAAGCGGCGGUGAACUCUCAAAGACUGCUGAAGACGUCUCCUACAUUAAUUAUGGCGAGAUUUCAGCUCACCUAGUGAACAACUUGAACGACGCCAGGAGAUUAUUCGAUGCAGCAGCCAAAGAAGGACCAUCCAAUGCUGAAGUUGCUGAGGCUAUAGUUGCCAAAGCCGUUGUCGAUGAACCUAUGGACUGCUCAGUAUCUGCACCGACCAGUGGCAGCAGCUCCAGUUACUGCCCAGAUGAACAGCCGGAUUACGAUACUGAUGACGGGCCCACUCUGGAAGAGACCAAACCUGAGCUCCUGAACAAGUUCUUCGUCGUGCAGGGGAAAAAGCUCCUAGAGCUUUUUCACCUCACUCGAUGCGAGUGCGAAAGCGACGAAACUAGAGUUUGUCUCGAUGCCUCGGGUUCAAAUCCCAUCAUCUAUUACCUCAGAAAGGGUGUCAGACCCCAGAAAAAAAGAUGGGAUGGGCAGGAAAAAAUUAAUUCGGACAGAAUCGACAAGCUGCGCAUUGGCGAUGCGCUAGCGUGUAUAGGAUCAGUAACUACGGGAGUCCGUAUGAAUGUAAAGUUGUGUUCAUUUCCAGAUCAAACAUCAAAAUACACCGUUCCAGAAAUUGAUAAAAAUGAUGGAGGAGCCGCCUGGGACAUUGCCGUCGAUGGCGCGUAUGAUUCAAGGGGCCAUAGUGCAGAACUCUGCAAGGUUUUAGCGGUGGACCUCAAGACCAAACUCUGCAUCCACUCGGAAGUAGUGAAUCGUUCCGAGACAGGUCAAAUCAGUCAGAGAAUGGAAAAAGAGGGCUUCCGCAGGAUGCUGCGGUGGUUGCAUUCGAGGGGUAUCCCCAUCCGGUCGAUAGCAACAGAUCGCAGCGCCGUGUUUGGGAAGGAGAUCAACCUCUAUAAUGCAGAGUGCGGUGAGAAGAUCGAAUGGAAGUUGGAUAGAUGCCAUCUGGCCAGAAAUCUAGACAAAAACCUUCGCGCGGCCGCAAAGAAAAGGGAUUACGCGGUAAUCAAAAGCUGGAUAAAGCCUAUAAAGAAGCACCUAUAUUUUGCAAUAGAACAAGGUGCACUGGCCAAUGACAGCAAGUACGCGAAGUACUUAUUCAACAGCUGUUUAUAUCAUGUUGCCGACCAGCACACGUGGGACCAGGCUGACAUUACGGGUCCACUUAGAAGAUGCUCUCAAGAGGCUCUUGACGUGGACGAAGACGAUGAUGAAGACGAUGAUGAAGAGAAGAAACCGAUAAUACCCUUCAACAGCCCGGCUCAUAACAAACUGCGCGAGAUCCUCCUGCAGCCGCUGUUUCGAAAGGACAUCCCAAUGGCUAGUCCCUUAGGUGAGACUAGCCAGUGCGAAACUAAAAAUGCCUUAGAUAGAUUAUACUGCCCAAAGGACACAUUUUUACCGGCAGCGACCUACUCCAUCUAUGCGCACAUGUCCACCAUGCAUUUUAAUGCACUCACACAGGCAGAGCUGAGUGGAGAAAGGGUUGUCGAAAGAGUUGACGAAGUCCGCCGCAAAUGCAAUGGAGGGGAGACGACACAGCUCAAGCACAAAAGCGCUGUAGAACACAUUUGGCGAAAGGAAAUAGUCACGGCCUUCAUCACUCGCCGUUCGCAGAUACGGAUCAGAGAUAAUGAAGAUACGGCAGAUGGAACACCAGACUAG